CUUUGAGUCCAGUUUGAAGCUGGUGUUGUGUUAAGGAAUUGAUAUUUUUUUCCUCCUUUAAGAAGUUUUAAAUACGAAACGGUUGUAUUUUUUUGCUUACUGUUUGUACGGAAAAUGGCAUCUGAGGGCCCUUUGAAGUCUUUGUUCGAUAGUAAUGUGAGCAAGGUGAAGAACAAGAAGGAUGACAAACGUCUGUCAGUCGAGAGAAUCUACCAGAAGAAGACUCAACUGGAGCACAUUCUGCUUCGCCCUGAUACCUACAUAGGUUCUGUGGAGCCCCUCACUCAGCAAAUGUGGGUGUUUGAUGAAGACAUUGGGAUGAACUGCAGAGAUGUGACCUUUGUCCCUGGACUUUACAAAAUCUUUGAUGAAAUACUUGUUAAUGCUGCAGAUAACAAGCAGCGUGACAAGAACAUGUCCUGUAUCAAGGUCAACAUUGAUCCUGAGAACAACAUCAUCAGCGUGUGGAAUAACGGAAAGGGCAUUCCAGUUGUAGAGCACAAAGUGGAGAAGGUAUAUGUGCCAGCUCUCAUCUUUGGGCAGCUCCUCACAUCCAGUAAUUACGAUGACGACCAGAAGAAAGUCACUGGUGGUCGUAAUGGGUAUGGUGCCAAGCUGUGCAACAUCUUCAGUACCAAAUUCACUGUGGAGACAUCAUGCCGGGAUUCAAAGAAGUCUUUCAAGCAGACUUGGUAUGACAACAUGGGCCGGGCAGGUGAUUCCAAGAUUAAACCUUUUGAUGGUGAAGAAUUCACCUGCAUCACCUUCCAGCCAGACCUGUCCAAAUUUAAGAUGCAGUCACUUGACAAGGACACAGUGGCCUUGAUGACCCGAAGAGCCUAUGACAUUGCUGGAUCUACCAAAGGAGUCCGGGUCUUCCUCAAUGGAAAAAAGUUGCCUGUCAACGGCUUCCGUAGCUAUGUAGAUUUGUACCUGAAGGACAAAGUGGAUGAGCUGGGUUCCCCGCUGACUGUGGUACAUGACGUAGUGAAUGAGCGCUGGGAAGUGUGCCUAACCAUGAGUGAAAAAGGCUUCCAGCAAGUCAGCUUUGUCAACAGCAUUGCCACUACCAAGGGUGGACGGCACACAGACUAUGUGGCAGACCAGGUUGUUUCCAAGCUUAUUGAAGUGGUGAAGAAAAAGAACAAGGCUGGUGUGGCUGUAAAGCCUUUCCAGGUGAAGAACCACAUGUGGCUUUUCGUGAACUGCUUGAUUGAGAACCCCACCUUUGACUCUCAGACCAAGGAGAACAUGACCCUUCAGCAAAAGAGUUUUGGCUCCACCUGUGUGCUCAGUGAGAAGUUCAUUAAAAGUGCCACCAACUGUGGGAUUGUGGAGAGUAUCAUGAAUUGGGUGAAGUUCAAGGCCCAAACUCAGCUCAACAAGAAAUGCUCUGCUGUCAAGCACACCAAGAUCAAGGGGGUGCCAAAACUGGAUGAUGCUAAUGAUGCUGGUGGUAAAAACUCUGUCAGCUGCACCCUGAUUCUUACAGAAGGAGACUCAGCCAAGACACUGGCUGUAUCAGGACUGGGUGUGGUGGGGCGUGACCGCUAUGGGGUCUUCCCUUUGCGUGGUAAAAUGCUCAAUGUUCGGGAAGCCUCUCACAAGCAGAUCAUGGAAAAUGCAGAGAUCAACAAUAUUAUCAAGAUCUUGGGUUUGCAAUACAAGAAGAACUACAGUGAUCCUGAAUCCCUCAAAUCCCUGCGCUACGGAAAACUUAUGAUCAUGACAGAUCAGGAUCAAGACGGGUCUCAUAUUAAGGGACUUCUCAUCAAUUUUAUCCAUCAUAACUGGCCCUCUCUGCUGCGGCACAACUUCCUGGAGGAGUUCAUUACGCCUAUAAUUAAGGUUUCAAACAAGAAGGAUGAGCUGUCCUUUUAUAGCAUACCAGAGUUCAAUGACUGGAAAGACAGAACCUCAAACUACAAGUCAUGGAGAGUCAAGUACUACAAAGGUCUGGGUACCAGCACAGCAAAGGAAGCGAAAGAGUACUUCUCUGACAUGGAGAGGCAUCGCAUCCCUUUCAAAUAUGCUGGGCCUGAGGAUGAUGAGGCAAUUACCCUGGCCUUUAGUAAGAAGAAGAUUGAGGAACGUAAGAACUGGCUGACCAACUUCAUGAUCAACAGGCGUCAGCGCCGAGAGCACAAUCUGCCUGAGGAUUACCUGUAUGGUCAAACCACAAAGUUCUUGUCUUACAAUGAUUUCAUCAACAAAGAACUCGUGCUCUACUCAAACUCAGACAAUGAAAGGUCUCUCCCAUGUCUGGUCGAUGGUCUGAAGCCUGGCCAGAGGAAGGUCCUUUUCUGUUGCUUCAAGAGGAAUGACAAGAGGGAGGUCAAAGUGGCCCAGUUGGCAGGUUCUGUCGCAGAGAUGUCUGCUUACCACCAUGGAGAGAUGUCACUGAUGAUGACAAUCAUUGGCCUGGCACAGAAUUUCGUAGGAAGUAAUAACCUCAACCUCCUACAGCCUUUGGGUCAGUUUGGCACCAGGCUGCAUGGUGGAAAAGAUUCUGCCAGCCCUCGAUACAUUUUCACAAUGUUGAGCCCACUGGCUCGUCUGCUCUUCCCUGCUACGGAUGACAAUCUGCUCAAAUACAACUUUGAUGAUAACCUUCGUGUGGAGCCGGAGUGGUACAUACCCAUUCUGCCUAUGGUGCUGGUCAAUGGUGCUGAUGGGAUUGGCACAGGCUGGUCAAGCCGCAUACCCAACUAUGAUGUGCGUGAAAUUGUUAGUAAUAUACAUCGCAUGCUGAAUGGAGAAGACCCACUUCCCAUGCUUCCAAACUACAAGGAUUUCAAGGGAACCAUAGAGGAGAUGGUGACCAACCAGUAUAUGAUCAGUGGAGAAGUAGCAAUCCUUGACUCAACCACCAUUGAGAUCUCUGAACUGCCCGUGAAGACCUGGACCCAGACAUACAAGGAGAAUGUUCUUGAGGUUAUGCUGAAUGGCACAGAGAAGGUCCCGCCCUUCAUCACUGACUACAAGGAGUACCACACAGACACCACAGUACGCUUCAUAGUCAAGAUGACGGAGGAGAAACUGCGGGAAGCUGAGGCUGCUGGUUUGCAUAAAGUCUUCAAACUACAAUGUCCUCUCACCUGUCAUUCCAUGGUGCUGUUUGACCAUGUGGGCAGCCUAAAGAAGUAUGAGACUGUGGAGGAUAUCCUCAAAGACUUUUUUGAAUUACGGAUGAAGUACUACAUACUGCGCAAGGACUGGCUUCUGGGAAUGCUGGGGGCUGAGAGCGCCAAACUAAGCAACCAGGCCCGUUUCAUUCUGGAGAAGAUCCAGGGUAUACUGGUGAUUGAGAACAAGCCCAAAAAAGAACUUAUCUGCAUGCUCCAGGAGAUGGGCUAUGACUCUGACCCUGUUAAGGCCUGGAAACAAGCCCAGGAGAAGUUGGCAGAGGUAGAGACUUCAGAGGAUGAGGAAGAAAAAGUUGAAGACUCCUCUGGCCCAGACUACAACUACCUUCUGAGCAUGCCCAUGUGGUUCUUGACCAAGGAGAAGAAGGAGGAAUUGUGCAAGCAAAGAGAUGCCAAGCUGACAGAACUAAAUACUCUGAAAAAGAAAAGUCCGUCAGACCUGUGGAAAGAAGACCUGGCUGCAUUUACUGAAGAACUUGAUCGUGUGGAGGAAAAAGAGAGGCAAAAUGCAGUCUUGCCAGUGAAGCAGGCAAAGGGCAAGACGGGAAAAGCCAAGGCAAUUAAAGUGAAAGAAGAGACUCUUCCUACACCUCAAGGCCGUCGUGUCAUCCCACGUGUCACCAGUGCCAUGAAGGCUGACGCAGCUAAGAAGGGCAAGAAAGUUAAGACUGACGAGGACAGUGCGAUAAAGCUUGAAUUUGACGAGGAAGGUAGGGACAACGAUGACAAUCAGCAACUGGGUUUGGCAGCUCGACUGGCCAAGAAAACAAAAAAAGCACCCACCAAAGCAACAAAGACAGGCAAGCAGACCACUCUGCAAUUCAAACCAGUAACAAAAAAGCCCAAGAGGAACCGCUGGUCUGAUGAUGACGAUGAUGAUGAUGACAACUCUGGCUGUGAAUUUGGAGAAGUAGAGAAGUUGGCUUCAAGAGAGAAGCUAGCACGCAAAACCAAAACUGCCGACAUGAAAUUUAGCCUUUCAAGCAGUGAGGAUGAGAUUGAUCCUGAAUCUGCAUCUGAAGCUGAAAAUGAGAAAGUUUCUUCAUCAGCUGAUGAUCCUGUUACCAUAAAUGUUCCGAAGAGCGAUCCACAGAAUGCCGAUGAAGUUACAAAAGCAAAGUGCAGUAGUGAGGCAACCAGACAAGUGACUUCCAAGACUUCAACCAAGUCCAAAGAUAUGAAGGAAGCAACAAAGAAGCCAACAGCAGCAAAGAAUAAAAAACCCGCUGAUGGAAAGCAGCCAUCCAUUCUAGAUGCCCUGACAAAGCCCAAAGCAGCUUCAAAAGCUGCCCCUAAAGCAGCACCCAAGAAAACUACCAUUGUCUUCUCCAGUGACUCUGAGAGCACAGAUAUGUCCAAGAAACAGAAGGCAGAGUCAAAGCCUCAAGUGAGCCGCAAAAGGAAACCAGCGCUGGACAGCGAGGACUCUGACAGCAGCUCUGAUAACCUCAUGUCCCGCAUUAGGGGCAAGACCACGGCAGGCAAAAAAGCCAAAAACUGCAAUGAAGAUGAAAGUUUCCACAUCUCCGAAACUGAAGGAGAGGCUCUUCUGGCGCACAGGAGCAAAUCCAGCCGCAGCAGGAAACCAGUCACCUAUGCCGUGGACUCCGAUUCAGAUGAAGACUUUGGCUUCUAGACAGCGCAGUAACAGGAGUGCCCUGCUCACACGUUUUCAUCGGUCACACUAUCUUUUUUUUGCAUAGAAUGUAUUAGUAAAAUUGUAUUAAGUAGUAAAUUGGUACACAAAAAGUAGUCUUAACAAUCCUAUUCAAAGAGGAGUCACUGACUGUUUUCGGCCGCUUGAAUAGUUAAAAAUAGGCACCUAAAUGACCGGUUAAUUUUAUUUCUUUGAAAAUGUUUGAGAAACUGUUCUGUGCUGUAGUUUUUUGACCCAGUUCACAGUAGUAGUAUCUACUGGCUUUUUUAGGAGCACAGACAAAAGUAUAAAAUUCGGUUUGUGUUCAUAAUGGUGUAAGAACCAACAAUAUUUGAGUCUUGCUCAUCGAAUGAAUGAAAUCGCAUUGUACACAUCAAAGGCAUGAAGUGUAUGAUUGUUUGCUCUUGUAAAUUAAUAUGCCUUUGAAGAAUAAUUUGGCUGUUUCUGUGUUGAAAAAUUCUGCUUAUGUAUUAUAC